AUGAUGGGGUGACAGUACACAGUGGCGACACACACACAUAGACCAAUGAUGAAAGAGAUACUGACAGUGGCGUAGUGCUGGUGGUCACAUUCCAACUCCAUGUAGUACGUUGGCUGGUCCGUGGGGUGGUUACACUGUGUCUCAGGGUUGUUGUGGAGAUCGAUGAAGUAGAAGAUGAGGGCCAGGAGAGAAACCAAACUGACCACCAGUGUCACCACCAUACACACACUCAGCUGGAGGGGCGGAGGGAGAGAGAAAGAGAGAGAGGGGGAGGGAGGAGAAAGAGAUAGGGGUGGGAGUCAGGGGCCAGACCUCAUUGAUCAUCAUGCACAUUUUUGUAAUAUAUUGUGUGUUGUGUGUGUGACUAUAUGUGAUAAAGUGAAAAUCUGAGGCAGGAUUCUGCUUAUAAUUUUGGUAGGCUAUUUGUGAGUCAACUUGAAAUAAACCCUUGUUCACCAGAAUCAGUUUGACCGGUAGUAAGGAAAUAAAAAAGCUGUGAAAUGACCCAACAUGUUGCUGAUAAGAUUUCAGUUCGGCUUGGAUGCAUAUUUUAUGUGGUUGAAAUACUAUCAGCUUGUAUGACACUGAUAAAGAUUGCACCUCUACAGACUAACUGCGCAUUCGCAUUCUCUCAAGAUGCUGAAAGAAAUAAAUCAUAUUUCUCCACUCUUGUUUCCAAGUCAAAAUGUACAUUUGGUGUAUCAAAAUAAACUGGCCUCCUUGAGACUAGUUGAGUAUCUGGAGCAUCAGCAAUUGUGGGUUUGAUUACAGGCUCAAAAUGGCCAGCUGUUCUGCGAAGGGAGUAGUACACAGCAUUGUACGAGAUCUUCAGUUUCUUGGCAAUUUCUCGCAUGGAAUAGCCUUCAUUUCUCAGAACAAGAAUAGACUGACGAGUUUCAGAAGAAAGUUACUUGUUUCUGGCCAUUUUGAGCCUGUAAUCGAACCCACAAUUGUUGAUGCUCCAGAUACUCAACUAGUCUCAAGAAGGCCAGUUUUAUUGCUUCUUUAAUCAGCACAACAGUUUUCAGCUGUGCUAACAUAAUUGCAAAAGGGUUUUCUAGUGAUCAAUUAGACUUUUAAAAUGAUAAACUUGGAUUAGCAAACACAACGUGCCAUUAGAACACAGGACUGAUGGUUGCUGAUAAUGGGCCUCUGUACGCCUAUGUAGAUAUUCCAUUAAAACCCAGCCGUUUCCAGCUACAAUAGCCAUUUACAACAUUAACAAUGUCUACACUGUAUUUCUGAUCAAUUUGAUGUUAUUUAUCGGACAAAAAAAUUGCUUUUCUUUCAAAAACAAGGACAUUUCUAAGUGACCCCAAACUUUUGAACGAUAGGUGUAAGUAUAUUUAAAACCAAAUAGUAUUUUACUGGGUGACAUUCACUUUUACUUGAGUCAUUUUCUAUUAAGGUAUCUUUACUUUUACUCAAGUAUGACAAUUGAGUACUUUUUCCACCACUGCAUAGGCCUAUUUGAAGUCCCCACCUUGUGACUAAAUCAAAUCAAAUCAAAUCAAAUUUUAUUUGCCACAUGUGCCGAAUACAACAGGUGUAGACAUUACCGUGAAAUGCUUACUUACAGCCCUUAACCAACAAAGCAUUAUUUUUUAAAUAAAAAAGUAAUAUAAAACAACAACAAAAAAGUGUUGAGAAAAAAAGAGCAGAAGUAAAAUAAAAUAAUAAUAGGGAGGCUAUAUAUACAUGGGGGUACCGGUGCAGAGUCAAUGUGCGGGGGUCACCGGCUAGUUGAGGUAGAUGAGGUAAUAUGUACAUGUGGGUAGAGUUAAAGUGACUAUGCAUAAAUAAUUAACAGAGUAGCAGCAGCUACCCUCUGUAGUGCCUUGCGGUCGGAGGCCGAGCAGUUGCCAUACCAGGCGGUGAUGCAACCACUCAGGAUGCUCUCGAUGGUGCAGCUGUAUAACUUUUUGAGGAUCUGAGGACCCAUGCCAAAUCUUUUCAGUCUCCAGAGGGGGAAUAGGCUUUGUCGUGCCCUCUUCACGACUGUCUUGAUGUGUUUGGACCAUGAUAGUUCGUUGGUGAUGUGGACACCAAGGAACUUGAAGCUCUCAACCUGUUCCACUACAGCCCCGUCGUAUAGCGCCUCACAAUCAUCACACAUAACAUAGUCACUGUUAUCAUCCACUUUUACCACUUCACCAAAUCUUUCCCAAACAUUACUUUUCUGGCCUCCCUUCUCUGUAUUUUUAACUCUCCAUUUCACAGCUUUUCUCUUAUUGAAUUAAACUCCGGCAUUGUCCUUUUUGCCUCCGUGGAUCGAUGUUAACUUUUUCUGCCUGUUCCCAAAAGCGUUUGGCGAUUGGCUUGUAGACUAUUUGGCACGCGUAAAGUUAGGCCCUAAAGUUUAGGCUUACGCACUAAUGCAAAAAACAUGAAAGGAAAACCUCAAUGUAGCCUAUAGGCCUAGAUAUAAAUUGUACAACAAUUAUACAUGUAUAGAUUUUUUUAAUGUAUUAUUUUCUCUUUAUUCAACCCGACUGCCACCUACCUGCCCUUCACUGCAUAAUAUUUCAUAACACUAAACCAAUGAUUUAUAUAUAAACACUAGAUGAUUGGGGGUGCUGUUUUGAAGCCACCGUGCCUCCAUCUUGGCACUCCCCCACUGUUGUAAAAAAAUAUUUUGGAAGCUGUAAAAAUGCAUUUAUAAUUGUCUACUUUAGUUUUUGCCACGUUUAUUCUAUUACAGACACCUUAAUGCAUACUUUUAAAUGAUAUUAUGUGAGCUAAACAUACAAAUAAAAAAAAAUAUUAAAAUAUUUUCCUUAAAGUAUAAUUAUUUGAAAGUAUUAAUGUUACUGUCCCGACUAAAACAACUAAAAUACUUAAAUACAUGCAAUUUGGUCCUUGAAACAUUUAAAUGAAAUAAUGUAGAAUUGCAUCAAUUCCUAUAGAACUCGCCAGCUUGUAGUCCUAAAACCCGGAAAUGAUUCAGCCAUCCCUAUGCGAAAAAUGAGUGGGGAAAGAAUAGGGUUUUGGAAUAAACACCGAAAAUAAGGUCUGAGGUUAACACAUGCUUAGGAGAUCUUGUAUGUUUUGUUCUAUGAGAUAAUAGCAGUCAGUUAACAUGACCUUUAUGAAUUAUGAAGCCUUUAUGUGCUUUUUGUGCUUUUUAAAUUACAUAAAUUCUUCAAAAUUCACAAAAGGUGACGUUAGCUGAUGAAGAUUAUCUCAUAGAACAAAACGUAUAAGAUCUCCUAAGCCUGUGUUUACCACAGACCUUAUUUUCGACAUUUAUCCAAAAACGGCAUUCAUUUUCCCCAUAGGCUUUGUCGAAUGAACCAUGGCGGAGUUAGUGCCUACAAAAAGACGCCAUUACUAUUUCUCUCCAUAGAUGACUGCUUUUCUGAGGAGUGCCAAUAUGGCCGACUGGUGGCUUCAAAGCAUCUCAUUGACCAAUACAUAGCAUCAGCAAUCCAGAAUGUAUAUACAUCAUUGCCCUAAACCUGCGGAGACUGCGGGUUAUGAGUCACCCCACGCAUCACUAGUGUUAGUGUGUGUACGCGAGCAUGCCGUGUGGUGGUAUUCAUACUCACCGAUUUCAUACUGCUUUGUUUCUCCAUCACUAUGGCAACGACUCCUGCUGCUAUGAACUAGGCACAGCAGAUAUAAACAAAAACUCCCAAUUGUCAAUCAAAUAUCAUAACCAAUGGUUAUAUAAAAGAAUGAGUGCAUUAUCGGAUAAAAUAAUAAUGAAAUUGGAUUGCAACACUUUUAAAAAACCUGGUAAUUACAAUAACCACCCCAAAACGUAAUUCACUAUCAUCCAAAAAUCAUUCAGUACAGAGAUUGAGUAUGAGUGAAGGUUAGGUUACUAGGUUACCGAUAGGCCACUCCACCAAGGCACCCCAAAGGUCACGACCUCUGUGAACUCAGUGGAGAGGAGGGGGAUGGAGUAGGACAUCACCAUUACCCCAAUCAUUACCUGGGACACCUGACACACACACACACACACACACACACACACACACACACACACACACACACAUAGAUAGAUAGACGAACACACACAAUUACACACACAGACAGAAGCAAGCACACACACACACACACAGGCUGGUUUACUGUAAAGGCACUUUGUAGGAACUGAUGAUGUAAAAAGGGCUUUAUAAUAUGAUUGACUUAUUGACACAAACACAUUAGGUUCCAGGCGUUCACCACAAACCAAUGUCUGACAGUCUGACAUCUUUAUAGAGACAGUAAAGAUAAUGAGUCAUGUACAAAUACAUAUUUGACUCUUAAAUGCGUCAGUCAAACAUAAUGUGACUGAAAAAAAAAAACAGGACACUAAAUGCUCAGGGCUGAACACAGCAUGCUAUAAUAACCUUCCCCUAUUGUAGCAUCUCUAUCUAAAAAAAUUAAAUAGUCUUUGACAUUUGAUGUUCACCCCCAAUGCCUUCGCCUCGCCUUUCUGGAUGCUCUCGCGCAGGGCCUGCCGUCUGUCGGUCAGUUUAGCCGCGUUGACAUCCGUCGUCACGCUUACUGACAGGUCCCUCGAGACCGACACAGCCAUCCUCGCGCUCUGGAGUCCUUUGGCAAUGGGGAUAAAGGAAAAGGACGAUACGCAAUGUGUGUUUAAUUGUUAGACUAUUAAAGAUAUUGACUUUACCAAUAUUUGUCAUUAAUGAAAAUAAUAACUCCCCAAAAAAUCAUGAUUUUAGUUUCUGUUUAAAACAAAUCUGUUUGGCUAUACAAGUGGUCAUUGAAGUUGCUAUUCCAUGAUAAAAUUCCAUGGGAUAGUUAGAAAGUGGGCUAAAUAACCUGCCUUUAUUUAAAUUAUUAUUAAUUAGACAACAAUAGCGAAAUCUCCAGGGUGGACCGUUAUACAAUCAAAAAGCCUAUUAGGAUAAUCGACAUAUCUUACCUUUUCCUUUCAGAUAUAAAAUCACGUUAGUAUGCCUAAUUCCACAAACACAACUUCUUGUUCCCUAAUCCACAAAUGAGAAAAAUAGAUUUCGCAACAUAGCCAGUCCGAGUCCGUUCCUUAAACUUUUUUUGUCUCCGCCUGUUCUUGGCACGAACGAAAAAUGAGUAGAGUAGUUAACUUUCACUGGUGCGAGCCUCCACCCCUAGCCCUACCCGGACGCAGACCCCUCGUCUUGGGAGACAGUGAUACAAUAGUCAAUAUAAACAUUGGUAGCAACCGUUUUUGUGACAGUCUGGACCUCCACGGUCAUUUUGCAACAAAAAAAGGACAUUGUGCAUACAUCAGGUGCUGUUUUCAUCAAGGUAAGUUCGUUUUUUAAAUAGCUGAUGAACUUACAUAAAUGGUGGAUGAAGUUGCGUUGUCCUUCAGGGGGAAUCGAGAGAAUAUGGCAGUUUAGCCCUAUCGAUGUGUAGGCAACGUAACAAGAUUAUUGAGAAUUAAGAAUGGUAAAUAGGUCGUAUACAUUUGUUCUUAACUGACUUGUCUCAUUAAAUAAAUGUUUAAUCAAAUGUAGGCUAAUUAAAUAAAUAAAAGAAGACUAUCUUUCUAUUAUGGCGGAUAUCUGGGCAUGGUGCCCUGCCCAAACCCCCCUCACAUUCACUUGUCCGUGAAUGUCAUGUUGCGUCAAUACAGUACAGACCAGUCGGCUGGACCGUAGUUCAUUGCUCUUUCCCCUGUUUUGUUUUUUCUUCCCUCUCUCCCCUCCUCUUCUUUCGUUUGCUUGGCCUAAACAAGCAAACCUUUCCCCACUUCGAAUCCAGUAGAGCGCAGAGUGCAUGCAGUGAGAUCUGUGUUUGAAGAGCGUUCUAUGCUCUGGAAUAAUGUUUGGUGUCUCUGGUCUGGAAAUGAAAUGUUCCCAUGCCCCCAUAUCUUGAUUUAAUCGUAAUAAACUCUCCCUCCCCGCCCCUUCCCUCUUCAAGUGCACUGUGCACAUCUGCUUUUCAUCCAGCAGCAACAUUCCACUAUAUCCAAUGGGGACUAGGCCUACUCUGACAUGUGGUUUUCGUUCUCUCUCCUGGCUCUCGACUCCUCUCCCUCCCCCCUCCUGCCCUGUCGCUUCCCUUCCUUCCUUCCUUCCUUCCUUCCUCCUUCCUCCUUUCCUUCCUUCCUUCCUUCCUCACUUCAUCCUUCAUUCUGUCCUUCACUCCUUUGACGUCCAUCCUGGCCUUCUUCUUUCUUCCGUUUAUUCUUACGUCCUCCUCCUUCCUUCCUGCUCUUCCUCCUCUUUCCUUCUUCCUUCCUUUGCCUCCUUUCCUUUCUCCUCCCUUCCACCUUCCUCCUUCCUUCCUUCCUUCCCUUCCCUCCGUUCCUUCCUUCCUCCCAUCCCUCCCUCCCUCCGGUCCAUCCCCUCCCUCCCUCCCUCCCUCCCUCCCUCCCUCCCUCCCUCUCCUUUUCAUUCUCUCUUGCUCUCCUUCUCGCUCUCCCCCUCUCUCAAUCUCUCUCUCUCACUCGCUCUCUGGCUCUCUCUCUCUCUCUCUUCCAGUCAUUCACACCACUCAUCACCACAAUCCAAAUCCUUGUUAGGUAAAAUUCACCUCUCCCCUCUUGCAGUUUCAGCUCAACAUAAACAUGCACAUGCUUAAAGGGAUACUUUGGGAUUUUGGCAAUGACUCUGGUGAAGGUACUCAUUGCCAAAAUCCUAAAGUAUCCCUUUAAUAAGCAGAGUUCAAAUACCAUGCUGGAAAGUAUAGAACUCUUUGUGAAUCGUCAGUCAAACCUUUUAACCCAAAAUUGCAAACAUACAUUCUACUGUUUGUCUGCGUUCCAGUGCCUGUGAUUACAUUUUGUGUUUGCAUUGGUUACGUUUUGUGGUUGAUUCUGAUAAGCAUGUCUCCUCUCCUCUCUCCUUUCUCCUCUCUCCUCUCUUUUCUCUUUCCUCUCCUCUCUCCUCUCUCCUCUCUUUUCUCUCUCCUCUCCUCUCUCCUCUCUUUCCUCUCCUCUCCUCUCUCCUCUCUUUUCUCUUUCCUCUCCUCUCUCCUCUCCUCUCCUUUCUCUUUCCUCUCCUCUCUCCUGGACCAAAGACUUUCAUUCAGGACGAUGUCGUCCGCUGAGUCAGGAACAGGUGUUCCUAAACUACAUCGCCUCUUCAUCAAGUUUGACCCAGAGGUUGUAGCGGUAAGAGAAUUGAAUGAGUAAUGGACAUGAAUUGAAUGAUUACUAAACAUUCAUACAUAUAGAUAGUCAAUACAUCUACCAGACUGCUUUCUCCCUCCCGGUUGUACCAUUCUGUUGUCUUAAUAGUGGAAUUCAUAUAUCUGUCUAGUCACCAUGCAUCAGACACUUGCUCCACGGAGUACACACUUACUCACUCCCCCUCAUGGACUUAAAAGCUUUGGACUGGUGAAAGCAAGGGCUAGAAGGACCGAUUGUCCUCAUCAUACUUUUUGCACUUGUAAUUUCUCAUGAGCAAGACUGAAUGGAACCGGGAGAAGGAUAGAAUCGGACCACAGAGCUUAGUUUUGUAAUAAUCAUCACAGUUCCUUUAGAUGCAGUUCUCUCUUUUUUCCACCAGGUGGUGUCGAUACUCCUGGGUCUGUUCCAGGUGCUGUUGGCUGUGCCUGUGUACUACAUGGACGUUGGCUUACCCAAACUACAACUCAUGCUCCCUUUAUUUAUUGGCUUCCUGGUAAGAUCCUAAUUUGAUAAAGCCAUAAAUAUAUUUGUUUCUGUCACAGGAGGCUGCUGAGGGGAGGACAGUUCAUAAUAAUGUCUGAAACAGCGCAAAUGGAAUGGCAUCAAACACAUGGAAACCAUGUUUUUUUUUUCUAUAUACUUUUUCCCCCUGACCAUACCAUCCCUACCCUAAUUGAGGUAAACUAAUGGACAACAAUACUUCUACUCCUACUUACAGCUAUUUCGCUCACAUCUACCGUACCUGUAGUUAAAUAAUUCUACAUUCCUAAUUUCUUCUUUCUUCAAGUGCUGGAUUUCCACCCACAGCGGCCAAUCCACCAUUCAUUCUGAUCUUAACUCCAACCCUCCGAUAUGCACAGAUCCACAUCUUUCCCAGUAUAAUGCAUUUAGCUAUUUCCUUUUGUAAUACAUCCCUCCAUUUUACUAUGAUGUCUUACGAGGGUCCUGAACCUAACUAUUUGUAACAUUUCUACCGAUAUUGCCCUAAAAAUAAAUACUUUACUCAAAGUAUAAUGAUAUUUCCCAUUGACUGAUUGUGUUUUUUCAGAUCCCCUAACAAUACAGUUUGUAGGUCCAUCUGAACCCUGAUAUUAUGACAUAACAACCAUUCCUGGACCUGAUUCCAAAAGCGAGCCACCGAUGGACAGUACCAGAAAAUAUGUUCUAUUGAUUCUGUUUCCUCGUGGCAGUCUGCACAAGGCUGACUGUUCAAUGCCCCAUAUACUGAAUUGAGCAUUCUUUUUGUAGCAUGUAUUUAUAUAAUAGCUUAAAUUGAAACGAAGGGAUUGAUGUGUCAAUUGUUGUUUUAUACAUUGAGCUCCAAAAGUUUUGGGACGGUGACGCAUUUUCUGUUGUUUUGUCUCUGUACUCCAGUGCUUUGGAUGAGAUGUGACACAAUGUCUAUGAGGUUAAAGUGCAGACUGUCAGCUUUAAUUUGAGGGUGUUUUCAUCCAUUUCGGGUGAACCGUUUAGACAUUACAGCAGCUUUUGUACAUAGUCCCCCCAUUUUAGGGGGACAAAAGUUUUGGGACAAAUACACUUACAGUGCAUUCGGAAAGUAUUCAGAUCCCUUUACUUUUUUCACAUUUUGUUACGUAACAGCCUUGUUCUGAAAUGGAUUAAAAAAAAAAAAAAAUCUCAUCAAUCUACACACAAUACCCCAUAAAGACAAAGUGAAAACGGGUAUUUAGAAAUUAUAGGUACAAAAAUUAAAAUACAAAUACCUUAUUUACAUAAGUAUUCAGACCCUUUGCUAUGAGACUCGAAAUUGAGCUCAGGUGAAUCCUGUUUCCAUUGAUCAUCCUUGAGAUGUUUCUACAACUUGAUUGGAGUCCACCUGUGGUAAAUUCAAUUGAUUGGACAUGAUUUGGAAAGGCACACACCUGUCUAUAUAAGGUCCCACAGUUGACAGUGCAUGUCAGAGCAAAAGCCGUGAGGCCGAAGGAAUUGUCCGUAGAGCGCCGAGACAGGAUUGUGUCGAGGCACAGAUCUGGGGAAGUGUACCAAAAAAUGUCUGCAGCAUUGAAGGUCCCCAAGAACACAGUGGCCUCCAUCAUUCCUAAAUGGAAAAGGUUUGGAACCACCAAGACUCUUCCUCGAGCUGGCCACCCGGCCAAACUGAGCAAUCGGCGGAGAAGGGCCUUGGUCAGGGAGGUGACCAAGAGCCCGAUGGUCACUCUGACAGAGCUCCAGAGUUCCUCUGUGGAGAUGGGAGAACCUUCCAGAAGGACAACCAUCUCUGCAGCACUCCACCAAUCAGGCCUUUAUGGUAGAGUGGGCAAACGGAAGCCACUCCUCAGUAAAAGGCACAUCACAGCCCACUUAGAGUUUGCCAAAAGGCACCUAAAGGACUCUCAGACCAUGAGAAACAAGAUUCUCUGGUUUGAUGAAACAAAGAUUGAACUCUUUAGGCUGAAUGCCAAGCGUCAUGUCUGGAGGAAAUCUGGCACCAUCCCUACGGUGAAGCAUGGUGGUGGCAGCAUCAUGCUGUGGGGAUGUUUUUCAGCGGCAGGGAGACUAGUCAGGAUCGAGGGAAAGAUGAACGGAGCAAAGUACAGAGAGAUCCUUGAUGAAAACCUACUCCAGAGCGCUCAGGACCUCAGACUGGGGUGAAGGUUCACCAUCCAACAGGACAAUGAUCCUAAGCACACAGCCAAGACAACGCAGGAGUGGCUUCGGGACAAGCCUCUGAAUGUCCGUGAGUGGCCCAGCCAGAGCCCAGACUUGAACCAGAUCGAACAUCUCUGGAGAGACCUGAAAAUAGCUGUGCAGUGACGCUCCCCAUCCAACCUGACAGAGCUUGAGAGGAUCUGCAGUGAAGAACGGGAGAAACUCCCCAAAUACAGGUGUGCCAAGCUUGUAGCGUCAUACCCAAGAAGACUCAAGGCUGUAAGCGCUGCCAAAGGCACUUCAACAAAGUACUGAGUAAAGGGUUUGAAUACUUAUGUAAAUGUGAUAUUUCAUGUAUUUUUUUUUAUGUAAAAAAAACUUGUUUUCACUUUGUCAUUAUGGGGUAUUGUGUGUAGAUUGAUCAGGGGGGGAAAGUUUUGGUCCAAUUAUUCAUAGCAUGCAAUGACUACAUCAAGCUUGUGACUCUACAAAUUUGUUGGAUGCAUUUGCUGUUUGUUUUGGUUGUGUUUCAGAUUAUUUUGUGUCUAAUAGAAAUGAAUGGUAAAUAAUGUAUUGUGUCAUUCUGGAGUCACUUUUAUUGUAAAUAAGAAUAGAAUAUGUUUCUAAACACUUCUACAUUAAUGUGGAUGCUACCAUGAUUACGGAUAAUCCUGAAUGAAUCGUGAAUAAUGAUGAGUGAGAAAGUUACAGAAGCACAAAUAUAAUACCCCCCCAAAAGUGCCAACCUCCCCUGUUCUUGUAAUGGUGAGAGGUUAGCAUGGGGUAUGAUAUUUGUGCGUCUGUAACUUUCUCACUCAUCAUUAUUCACGAUUAAUUCAGGAUUAUCCGUAAUCAUGGUAGCAUCCACAUUAAUGUUGAAGUGUUUAGAAACAUAUUCUAUUCUUAUUUACAAUAAAAGUGACUCCAAAAUGACACAAUACAUUAUUUACCAUUCAAUGGGCAUAAUAAAUAGGUAUGGUGACCAUUAUAAAUAGGUAUGGUGACAGAGGGCAACCUUGUUUUACGCCUCUUGACAAUUCAAAGUUCUCAGAGCAGUAACUGUUAUUUAUUAUUUUACAUAAGGGAUUGUUGUACAUGACUUUUACCCAUCUUAUGAGAGAGUUGAAAAAAUCCAGGGACUUAUAAACAGAUUAUAGGCGUACUGUUUCAAAUGCUUUCUCAAAAUCUGCUAUAAAGAUUAUACCUGGUUUCCCUAAUUCUCAUAGUUUUCCAUUAUUUCUAGUAGUUGUUUAAUGUUGUCUCCAAUAGACCUUCCUUUUAACCGUCUGAUUGUGAUGAAUAAUGUCAGGUAGCAUCUCUUUUAUUCUAUCAGCAAUACAUUUUGCCAAUAUUUAAAAAAAAUGUAUUUGAUACCAUUACAACCAUUCCGCUCCAGCCAUUACCACGAGCCCGCACUCCCCAAUUAAGGUGCCAAGCUUCCUGAGGUUUCUGUGUAUUUUAUGCAUAGGCUAUAUGUUAUAUAGGGGACAUCAUUGGAGUGUUUGGUUUUCUUUUUUCACAUCUGUAGCAAUUGAAACAACAUAUUGUUUAUACUUUCUUUUAAAGUUUGUGACGGCAGGAUCGUUCGCCAUCGCCUGUGAGAAGUCUCCCAGCAGAAAGCUGGUAAGAAAUUACAACAGUCACGUGUUACAUUGGAAUGAACUGGUGUGAUCAUAAUAAUCUAUUCCAUUAUUGAAAAGUCCACCUCGGUCCACCUGUACAGUAGACCACUUGUUGGGCUGAACAUGUUGCCCAUAGGCUACUGUGCAAUGUAUGUACCCUAUUACGUGCAUAAAAAGAAGAUACAUCCAUUUAUAUAGCAACAUUUUGGUCCAACACUAUUUUUUCUUAGGAACAAUAAAGUUGAUCGUAUUUCAUUUUUGGGGCCAGGAUAUUUUCCAGUCUCUAUUUACUCUAUCAUCUGUGUUGUGUCCUCCUCCCCAGCUGAUGGGCUGUGCCUACACUAACGUGGCCAGCCUGGUGGCAGGCUUACUGGCUCUGUGUAUGUAUAGCGUCUCCCUACACUCCGUCCAGGGCUUUGCUGAACCCUGCACUCUGCCAAACAUAGACCUGUACACAGGGGCUGCACACAAGUGCCCAGGAGAGUACCUGGAGGUAAGGAAUGAUUUGUGGGUAUGUGGCCAGUUUGUCUUGUUUGCCCCUAUGCUAUUUCAGUGCCAUGUAUUGUGUGGCACUGUGUUUUUUUGGGGUUGUUGUUGAUCCUUCCUUGUGUUUUUCUCUGUCCCAGGGGUUCUUCAGAAGUGUCACAGUCCUGCUCAUCGUUUAUGACCUGGGGGCUCUUAUCCUCCACUCUCUCCUCUCCUUCUCCGCACUCAAGGGACUCAGAGUGGGACUGUGCCGAAUGAUCAAUUAA